AACAUGACUUCGCUUACACUUAUAAACCGGGCAACUUGCAUAUUUAACACAUUAAUAAAAUUGCCGGCAACAAAACAGCUUGUACCAUUUUUUCCUGCUUAUCAUCAACAUUAUUCAGUGAGUUCCAAACAAGUUUCUGCAAAAAUGGCAACGGAAAAAACAUUGCCUGAAAUUUUUAAAUACGUAGAUCAGAAUAAAGAUUCUUAUAAGCAAUUAUUAAAAGAAGCAGUAGCCAUUCCAUCCGUUUCAUGUGAUGUGAAAUAUCGUGCGGAUUGCAUCCGUAUGGUUCACUGGAUGCAAGACAAAUUGAAGGAAGUCGGAGCCAGUACAGAGUUAAGGGAUGUUGGCUUUCAAACAAUAGAUGGUAAAGACGUUCAACUGCCGCCAGUUUUAGUAGGCGUAUUGGGUAAUGAUCCAAAAAAAAAUACAGUUUGUAUCUAUGGUCAUUUGGAUGUACAACCUGCUUUGAAAUCUGAUGGAUGGGAGACUGAACCUUUUGAACUAGUUGAGCGCAAUGAAAAAUUAUAUGGACGAGGUUCUACUGAUGAUAAAGGACCUGUACUUGGUUGGCUGCACACCAUCAAUGCCUAUAAGGGCACUGGUGCUGAGCUGCCUGUCAAUUUGAAGUUCAUUUUCGAAUGUAUGGAGGAAUCUGGUUCCGAAGGGCUUGACAGCUUAUUAAUGGACAAAUUGAAACCUGAGGGAUUCUUUGAUAGUGUUGACUAUGUAUGUAUAUCCGAUAACUAUUGGUUGGGAACCACGAAGCCAUGUAUCACUUAUGGUUUACGCGGAAUCAGCUACUAUUUCCUAGAAGUGGAAUGUGCAAAAAUGGAUCUUCACAGUGGAGUCUAUGGUGGCACAGUGCAUGAAGCCAUGUCUGAUUUAAUCUAUUUGAUGAAUACACUCGUGGACAAAGAUGGGAAGAUAUUGGUGACUGACAUAUAUAAAUCGGUAGCUCCACUCACUGAAACCGAAACCAAGCUGUACACGACUAUCGACUUUGAUCCGGAAGCAUACAGAAAGACAAUUGGAGCAUACAAACUUGCGCACAAUGGCGUAAAAGAACAGUUGCUGAUGCAUCGUUGGAGAUACCCCAGCCUAUCUCUACAUGGGAUUGAAGGUGCCGCGUUCCAGCCUGGAGCAAAAACGGUGGUUCCUGGAAAAGUGAUUGGCAAAUUUUCAGUCAGGCUUGUUCCGAAUCAAGAGCCGGAGGAAGUCGAGAAAUUAGUCUUUGAUUACAUUAACAAGAAGUGGGCGGAGCGCGGGUCCCCGAACAAGAUGAGCAUCACGGCACAGAGCGGCCGCGCUUGGACCGAGAACCCGGACCAUCCGCACUACCAGGCCGCCGCCCGCGCCACUAAGCUGAUAUAUCAGACCGAUCCGGACAUGUCCCGCGAAGGAGGUUCGAUCCCCGUCACGAUCACUCUGCAGGAGGCGAGCGGCAAGAACGUGUUGCUGUUGCCCAUGGGCGCCGGAGACGACAUGGCGCACUCGCAAAACGAGAAGAUUAACGUUCGCAACUACAUCGAAGGCAUAAAACUGUUUGCCGCCUACUUGUUCGAGGUCGGUAAACUCCCCAAGUAAACACCGGCGCCGAGGAUGCUACACGUAGAAACUAUAUGAAAUUGUCGUUUUUAGUUUUAGUAAUCUCUCCGAAACUCUUUAUUUUAUGAAAACGCUCGCAGCCCGGCGACGGAUAAAUAGAUAUAAAUAAGCUACUACAGUCAAUUUUGUAACCGCGUUUUGGAAACAAUACAGUUAAGUCGUGUGGUAGGUAGAUCUAUUUUUGGCGGUAAAGUAUAAGAUUGUUAACAAUUUAGAAAAUAGUCCUGAACUGAAUUCAGUAAAAAAAAAAAUAUUGACCUUUUUUUUCUCAAUUCGUUGUCUUGGGCAUAUUACAAAGGAUAUCGAGAUUUGUAACUUUAAUGUGGAAGACAUGAAGUACAUUCCUUUUAUUAAGUACAAUUUAAAACUUGCAUAAUAUUCAUAAAGUACAGGAAGACAUUAUUUUUUUUAAUAUUUCAUAUAGUUUUGUAUUUAUUUUAUUAUGUAUACUCAUAUUACAUAAUUAUUUUUCUUGUAUCUUGUAGUCGUCAUAAUAUAAAAGUGUAGUACAUACAUGUAUUUUUGUACGUUUUUUAAAUGUGUAAUAAACAUUUGUACAACGUU